GUCGCCGCUCGCGGAAGCGGGCGCAGGAAUGCGGUUACACCACCGCUACACUGUUGUUGUUUUGCACUCGGUCCGCCAUCUGGACGCUUCUCCGACUUUCUCGCCGGGAUCCGCGAUCCACCGGCUCGCCAGCGAUCACAACCGCGGGACUUGCCUAACCCCGAGAGAGCCGUCCGUGUCCCCUAGGCAUAUUUCUGAGGGAUUCUGGCCAAGUGGAUGUAUACAGGGUAUGACGACUAAUGUAAAAGGAAGCAACGCUUUAAAGGUAAAGAAGGAGGUGGGGGAGAAUGCCCCUGUCCUUAGCGAUGACGACUUGGUGGCCAUGUCGGUGCGGGAGCUGAACCAGCACCUGCGCGGCCUCACCAAGGAGGACGUGGUGCGGCUGAAGCAGCGACGGCGCACGCUUAAGAACCGCGGCUACGCCGCCAGCUGCCGCAUCAAGCGCGUCACGCAGAGGGAGGAGCUGGAGCGGCAGAAGGCGGAGCUGCAACGCGAGGUGGACAAGCUGGCGCACGAGAACGCCAGCAUGCGGCUGGAGCUGGACGCCCUGCGCUCCAAGUACGAGGCCCUGCAGUGCUUCGCACGGACGGUCGCACACGGGUCGCCUGCCAUCGGGUCGCCUGCCAUCGGCAAAGGGGGCAGCACCAGCGUCAUCACCAUCGUCAAGUCGGCUGCCCACAGCCCAAACUCCACACCCUUCUCUGCCCCUUCCUAGUGCCUAUGGUUUUUUCAAUUGAGGUGCACCUUUUUCCUGGCCCCGCCUCUGUCCCGCCCAUGAUGAUUGUUCAUUGGCUGGGGUGAGCCAAGGGGAGGAGCUUUGCCAGGUGACUUCAUUGUGACGUUCAUUGCUCUCCCACAUACUCUGUGUUGUGCACUGUGCUUCAAAAUUUCCAGCACCGGCAAGGCAACCGUACUGCUUAUGACCUUUUAUCCUUAUCUGAGUCUUGACAGUUAAGCACUUACAGUAUAAAAUACUAAAAUGCAAAUACAUAUACACACACAUGCAGAUGUGAGAAAAUGUGAAUCCUUUGGAAUUAUCUGUAUUUCUGCUGAUAGAAUCUGAUCUAUGGCUCAUAGAUGUUUUAUCUAACAUAGGAGGCAGAACAUUUUGCAUUGCAAUAUCUUUAUUGAUGAAAUCUUUGUUUAACCUGCAAGGCCAUCGAGUGGAAGAGAGAUAUUUAGUAACUAGCGGAACUUCUUUUUUUGGCAAUACUCUGAGAUGCUUUCUCUGUCUCCUGCUGACCAGAGCUGGGCAGUUGUUAGGGGGAUUUUGGCCCGUUCUACACAGUGCUGUUUCACUUCCUGUAUAUUUUUGCGCAAUAUCUUCCUUGAACAGGCUGCUUCAGGUCAUGCCACAGCAGUUCAAUGCUAUUAAGGUCAGGACUCUAAAAGGCAGAUUGUCUUCCAUAUGAGCUACUCUGUUGUUGAUUAAUUCCCGCGUUUUGGAUCUCUGUCAUGGGGUACCACUGGACUUUCCUUGUGGUUUAGAUAAGACAGACAUGCUGAUAUUCUGCUGUCGGAUUUUUCCCGAUCCUGAACCUUUGAAUUCAUCGGUUCCUUGGUGAUUGCAAGUCAUCCAAGCAGCGACGAACCAUAAUCCGCCCUCUGUCAUACCUCACGGUUAGGAUGAGGAAGUGGUGCUGGUAUGUGGACCUUUGUUUUCUGCAAACAUAAUGGUGUCUGUUUACCAGAAAGCUCGACCUUUGUCUCGUCUAUCAAUGGAAUACUGUCUAGAUAGUGAUGUAGAACAUGCAGACGCUCUCUAGCAGCCUUCUGAUAGGCCAUAGUGUUUUUAUUCAUUUAUUUUUGGAGAGCGGUGGUUUCCUCUGUUGAUAUUACAAGCCGUUUAUGCAGAAAUCCAGGUAAUUCCAAAGGGUGAGCAUUUCUUGAAUCCCAAAUGUGUUGCAUGUAUUUAAUACCCAUCUGGUCUCUACAGAGAUUACAUGAAAUGAAUUGGAAUUAACAGCAAAUCAGUGUUUUUGUCUGGACUAAUUGGCUGGAAUAGUGCUACCUGAAAUUUAUUACAUUACACAGUUCAAAACUUUGUUUUCAUUUUACAUCGAGGUCAAGGACAUGCCAAAACGAGACACUUUGGAAAAUCCGAAGAUAAAUUAGGGGCUGCUUAAAUCUGAACGAUAUUAAAUUCAAUAUUAUUUAUUAUGACUUCAGACUAAGGAAGAAAAUGUCAUAAGUUAACAAUAAAGUGAGCACUUGCUUUUAUGUGUUUUGUAA